CCCCUCUCUUUCUUUUCUGUUUCCUUAAAACCCUGUCCCUACUUAUAUUUCCACCACCACUAAGCAAUAAACCAGACACUAUGGCUAUCACUAAGAUCCACGCAAGACAGAUUUACGACUCUCGCGGCAAUCCCACUGUGGAGGUUGAAGUCACCACUGGCAAGGGUGUAUUCCGUGCCGCUGUCCCCUCCGGUGCCUCCACUGGCGUCCAUGAAGCGCUUGAACUUCGUGAUGGCGAUAAAAAUGCCUAUGUAGGCAAAGGCGUCCUCAAGGCUGUAGAGAAUGUCAACAAGGUCCUUGGCCCAAAGUUGAUCGAAGCUAACAUCGAUGUCAAGGAUCAAACCGCUGUCGAUGAGUUUUUGAUCAAGCUGGAUGGAACCGACAACAAAUCCAAGUAUGGUGCAAAUGCUAUCCUCGGUGUCUCUUUGGCUGUUCUCAAGGCUGGUGCUGCUGAUAAGGGUGUCCCUCUCUACCGCCAUAUCGCUGACCUGGCUGGACAUAGUGGCAAGAAGUUUGUGCUCCCAGUCCCAGCUUUCAAUGUCAUCAAUGGAGGAUCGCAUGCUGGUAACAAGCUCGCCAUGCAAGAGUUCAUGAUUCUCCCUACUGGAGCCAGCUCAUUCGCAGAGGCCAUGAAGAUUGGCUCUGAAGUCUAUCAUGCUCUCAAGAAGGUCAUCAAGGAAAAGUAUGGUCAGGAUGCCACGAAUGUUGGAGAUGAAGGUGGAUUUGCACCAAACAUCCAGGACAGUGCUGAGGGCCUUGAUCUCUUAGACUUGGCUAUCCGUAAUGCCGGAUAUAGGGGAAAAGUUAAGAUCGGCAUGGAUGUAGCUGCCUCGGAGUUCUAUGAUAAGAGUGACUACAACCUGGACUUCAAGAGCGCUGAUUCGGAUCCUUCAAAAAAGCUGUCAGGUCAACAGCUUUCAGCCCUCUACAAGGAAUUCACGGAGUACUAUCCGAUUGUAUCGAUUGAAGAUCCCUUUGAUCAGGACGAUUGGGAAGCCUGGUCCCAGCUUGCAGAAUCAACUGAUAUCCAGAUUGUAGGCGAUGACUUGACUGUUACCAACCCCAAGCGUAUUACCACUGCUGUUGAGAAAAAGGCAUGUAAUGCCCUUUUGCUCAAGGUCAACCAGAUCGGAACUAUUACAGAAUCUAUUCAGGCGGCAACUCUUUCGCAGAAAUCAGGAUGGGGCGUAAUGGUUUCUCAUCGCUCUGGCGAGACAGAGGACACGACAAUUGCGGACCUUGUCGUUGGUCUUCGUACAGGUCAGAUCAAGACUGGUGCUCCCUGCCGCUCUGAACGUUUGGCCAAGUAUAAUCAACUUCUUCGAAUUGAGGAAGAGUUGGCUGGCGAUUCUAUUUAUGCGGGAGAUAACUUCCGUAAAGCUCAUCUUCUUCCGUAGAAUAUCUCACUCGUCCCUUAAAAAAAAAAAGCUUUUCACAGCCACUGUACAUCCAAUAUCGAAAUAGGACCUUGCUUUUUUUUAAAGACAAUGAUCUGCAAAGGAAUAAACCAAAAAGAAAAAU